CUGCUUUUUAUGCUCUUUAUGCUUUUCUCUCGGCGGUUCAGUUGUUUGUUGUUCUUGUGGUUGGAAAGUUAAUUUAAUUAUGACAACGUUUAAAUUGUUCUCUAAUUUAUUUGGAGUAAAUUGUUUAUCUUUUAAUUGUUUUCCACGAAUUGGGAACCUUUCAACUUUAUCUGGAUUUAGAUUUUAUUCUAAUCAAUUAGCGAAAAGACCGUUUGACUUUGAUGAAGAUGAACAAUCUUUUCCAUGUCAUGUUCCUAUUAUGUGUAAUGAGCUGGUUGAACUUUUUAAUCCUCAAGAUGGUCAAUUGUUUAUCGACAUGACAUUUGGAAGUGGUGGUCACUCUAAGGCUCUUCUUGCCUCCGGGAAGGAUAUUAAAAUAAUUGGAAUGGAUAGAGAUCCGUUGGCUUAUAAAUAUGCUCAUAGAUUGGCUGAGAAAACCAAUGGACAAGUGAUUCCGCUAUUGGCUAAAUUCAGUCAGCUGCCUGGUCUCUUGGAUAAACAUGGUAUUCAGAAAGGAUCAAUUCAAGGGAUUAUCAUGGAUUUAGGAGCUUCUGCCAUGCAAAUGGCUGAUCCUAGUAGAGGAUUUUCCUUCAAUUCUGAAGGUCCUCUUGACAUGAGAAUGGAUGGAAAAUAUUGCAAUGUGUCGAUAACAGCUGAUGAUGUGAUUAAUUCACUUGAUGUUAAAGAUUUAACUAAAAUAUUUAAAAUCUAUGGAUGUGAAAAAUUGGCUGCUAAAUAUGCCAAUGCCAUAAUUGAUUGUCGUGUGAUGAUGAAAAGGAUAUCAUCGACAAUUGAAUUAGCCAAUUUAAUUGAUUCUCUUGCCUCUGGACAUGUUAUUGAGGAUGUUGAAAGAGAUCGAACCUCAGCUACCAGAGUUUUUCAAGGCUUACGAAUUUUUGUCAAUAACGAGCUAAAUGAACUUAAUUAUGGCCUAAAGAAGAUGAGAGAUUAUCUCUUUAGAGAUGAUAAAGUUACCCAAUUGUACAAGAAUAAUCUUGACAAUAUGAAAGCCAUAAAAGAUGAAAUUCGAGCAUCAACAUCGGGAAAAUUAGCAGUUAUCUCUUACAAUCGGCUGGAAGAUACAUUAACUAAACGACAUCUCCAAGGGACGGACAUUGAUAAUCCACUGACCCAUCAACCACCUCAACUUUUCAAUUCGCGACUUCACAAACCAACCGAUCAACAAAUGGAACGAAUUGUUUUUAAAAAAUGGUUCUCAUUAUCUAAAAUAGCUUCUAGUCAACAAGAAAUUGAGCAAAAGUCUCUAACAUAUCCAGCUAAAUUACGAGUUGCAAUUAGAGUUUUAUAAUCAACAAACAAAAACAAUCAAAUCAAAUAGAGACAAUUAACUUUUUCCAACCAUCAAUGUAAAUACAAUCACAAUUGUAUCUCAACCUUAAUGUAUAAAAAAAUAACAACAACAACAACAACAUUUGUACCAUACAAAA